AAUCUUUCAGCUGAAAUUAUCGUCUCAGGUUUUAGGGUUUUGUUGGAUCCCAAAUUCAGGAGGAAGAAACUAAGAUAUGAGAUUCAAUUGUUGCCACGUUUCCUUCGCUUUCCUUCUGAAAUUCUUGAAUUUCCUUCAAGGAUUCGUCGGAUUAUCGAUUGUAAUCUACUCGCUAUGGAUGCUUAAUCAAUGGAACCAUCACGUCCCCAUCGCUCCGCCGCCUCUAGCUCCGUCUCCGGCUUCUUCUCUCUCCCUUCUCUUCAAUUACCAGGCUCGGAAUGGGAUUUUUGAUGAUGCUACCCCCUUGAAUCUCGCCGCCGAUCUCGUCUCCGGGAUGGAUAACGGGCUUGCGUUUGAUUUGAAUUCCAUCAAGCUCCCUGCUCCCUGGUUCAUAUACUCUUUCAUGGGUGUGGGCAUUUUGUUGUGUUGCGUUAGCCUUAUUGGUUGCAUAGCAGCUGAAGUGAUAAGUAGCUGCUGCCUCUGUUUUUACACUCUUCUUAAAAUUGUGCUCAUUCUACUGGAAGCAGCUUUGGUAGCAUUUAUUGCAAUUGAUCGUCACUGGGAGAAGGAUCUCCCAUUUGAUCCAACAGGAGAACUUGAUAGUCUUCGAUCAUUCAUUGAAAGCAAUAUUGAUAUAUGUAAGUGGGUUGGAAUCACCAUAGUCACAAUUCAGGUGUUGUCUCUGCUGUUAGCAAUAAUUUUGCGGGGUAUGGUUUCUACUCAAAAGGAAGAUUUAGAUGGUGGGGAUGAUUAUGAAAAUGUUAGGGGUAGAACUUAUGAGCCACUUCUAAAUCCUCAGUUAAGCCAAACAUCUAGCUCAGCCAAAGCAGAGACUAGAGGAACACACUCUGACAUUUGGGGUUCACGAAUAAGAGAAAAGUAUGGAUUGAACAGCAGUGAAAAGUAUUCCUUGCUAAACCAGAAUGCAUCAGCCAGUGUGAAAUCAAAGUAGUAAUUGUUCUGAAAAGAUUCAUCUUCUCCUGGUAUCAAAUAUAUAACGUUGUUUUUAAUCUUUUGAUUCUUUGCUUUCGUGAAGGAAGUUAUGAUAUGUAUAUAUAUCUCUUAAACAGUCUGCUUGUUAAGUUGCUUUGUACUGAUGAAACAAUUCUCCUAAUUGGCUAUGGUGUUUGAUAAUAGACUCUGAAGAAUGAGAGCCUGUUCUUUGAUCUAAUACAAUUCUCUCACUGUC